AUGGUGGACUGCAGGAACAUCAUCAUGUCCGUCCUCGUGCUUCUCUCUUCUUGGCUUCUCUUCGUCGGCCGUCAUCAUCCUAGACUACUACUGGGGCGGGCGCAGAGGCUGACCGCACGUGCUGCAGCUUCGAGCGUCCUGCAGGUCGGGGCGCUGCUCGACCUCGGGUCAACCGGCGGGAGGGAGUCACGGGCGUCCAUCUCGCUCGCGCUCGGCGACUUCUACUCCUCGCGGCCGCCGGACGGCUCCAACACCACCGUGGCGCUGCACGUCGCCGACUGCAAGGACGACGAGAUCACCGCUGCUUCGGCUGCGAUGACCGCGCGAUGCAGACAUUGA